AUGAUAAACCAACUGAAAUCGUUGCGCAAAUAAGGAAGGCUGAUGAAAUACUUGAGUCAAACAUGUCAAUACCUCAUUUUGACACACGUAUUGAAAGUUAUGUCAGCAAACGAUUUGAUACACUAAGCGCCAUGGAAAUAGGUAAUCAUUAUUUUAUGAUAUUAUAA